AUGUUUGAGGCAAAAAUUGAGGAUUUCCAAAGAAAUGUCAAAGUUAUAGAUGCAGAAUUAAGAAUCAAAGAUCCAGUUAAUGGAACAGUUAUUACCAAAUAAACCAGUCUCACAUUAACAUUUUUUAAUUAAGAUGAAUAAAUUAAUUAAAAUGAAGCUGAUAUUGAUGUUUAUGCAUAGUAUUUCAGAGUCAAAGGAACAGAAGUAAUUUAUGAAGCAAGUAAAGCUUGUGAAUAAAAUAAAAACGAGGAUGCCUAAAAAUUAAUAGAUAAUAUGUUGAUACAAAUUUAAAAGAAUCCAAAUGUUGCUGCUUAAUGUACUGGAAUUAUUUAAGAUUUGUCAUAAGCAAAAUAAGCAUCUGCAAGAACAUCAUAUAAUUUAUUUGGCCAGAAACAAAUGUGUCAAAUGGUCAGUAAUAAUUAUCAAUAGGGAGGAGUCAAUUCUUUAUUUUCUGCCUAAGGAAUGCAAUUAUAAUAAGUUUAACCAGCUGCAUACUAGAAUGUUUAAUAAUAAUAGAUGAUGUUUUAAGUGCAAUUUUCAAAAUCUAAUUAAAAAACCAUUGAUUGA